CCUAUUUUUUGUCCCGCACGGCCCGGCCAAGUGUUCGGCAUGCUGCUUUGCGGACAUCCUUGCUCUCGCCCCGCCUUCCUAGAGCCAUGCUCCGUUCGGGUGGCCAGUCCUGCAGAGAGCCUGCGCUUCCGCGCAUGGCAAGGUCUCAAGUGGGCGGCCGGGGCUGCGCUGGUCGGCUGGGGUGUGCUGCGCCUCUAUGAGCGUCGGCCCCGAAGACGGAGGAGCUCCGUCGUUCGAGGCGCUGCGAUCCCUGAGGACUUUCGAGCGGCCGGGGUGAUCUUCUACACCAUGAAUGCGCAAGAGCUCGGUAAGUUGUUGCUGGCGGUGGAAGAGAGGCGAGUGCCUUUGCGAGAAUUAGGCUUGGGCUCGGGCUCUGCGCAAAAGCGUGUUCUACUCUUUCCACAAGGAAAGCGAGAACCGGAAGAUGAGGAUUAUGUGGCCACCGCGCGCCGGGAGUUUGUCGAGGAGACGGCAGACUUUGGCGACUUGGCCAGACAUUUGAAAGGUCCAUUGGAAGCGAUCUGGUACAUUGCUGCCAAGAUGGCCGUGGUCUUCUGUGAGGUCCCCGCGAGCGUGGUGGAAGAAAGCGAAGAAGCCCGAAGCUCACAGGCCGCAGCGCCUGCAAAGCCUGCUCCCAGACCGCGGCGCCAGCAAGCGCGGCAGCAGGAGGGGCUGCCCGUCACGGUUGGAGGCGCCAAAUGCCCUUUGCUUCAGGAGAAAGAUGCGCAGAAGAAGAAAGCCUUGCCAUUACAACCGGUCUGGGUGGACGCGUCGGAUCUGCGCAUCGCCCUCGGAUCAUCUGCAGGUGAAGUGGAGACGCAGAUUGGCCGCUACCACCUCUUCCCCGUGUCGAGGAAGUUCUUUCAAAUCGGUGAGGUGAGCCGCUGGCUGGGACUCGUUGCUCCGUCACGGCACCGUGGCGUCGCGGCGCGCUGAGCCGAAGAGAAGGACCCGCAGCAUCAUGCGGCUGCGACCGAUGAGGACGGCCAGGUCGCCGAAAAAGGGGGACGACGGAGCGACGAGCGGCGCGGUGAUCGGAGGGUCGGAGAUGAUUUGGGGUGAGGAGAAUUCAGUCCCAGCAUUGGGUAUACAAGUCCCACAUUCGGGUGCCAAGAUGGCUUGGGCCGGAGGUCGAAGUCAAGGUUGUACAUUGAGUGCCUUCCACUGCGAAAGGAGCCAGAGUUAAAUUGAUUCUUUCGAUCACGGUGUCUCGUGAUCACCAUGAUCCUAUUCCUACCACCCACGUGGACACGGACAGUUCUUCGGUGCUGCGGCAGCGGUGCGUCUCGGCAGCUGCCGCUUUUUGGCCGACGCAACAAACCAAGCCACGAGCCACGUCGAAAAAUGAGGUGAAGAGAUGAAGGUGAUACUUAUUGACAAUUACCCCGUGG